CCAUAUGGGACAGAGAGAAAAAGGGGACAGAGACUUAAUUGCAUCACUACUCAUAGAAUUUUGGGAAUCAUCAUUUCCGACGUCGAAUCCAAAAAUGGAUCCCUGCCCAUUCGUUCGACUGAUCGUGGAAUCACUAGCCCUCAAACUCCCCUCCUCUAAGGCCGGAACAUGCUACGCCAAGCUCAAACUCCACAACUUCCCUUCACAAAUCCUCUCCCUUCCCCUACCCCGCUCCGAUCCACCUCCUUCAUCCUCCUCCUACUCCACAUUCCACCUCGACACCGACGCUCUCCUCCUCUUCUCCAAAAAGCCCCUCACUACCCUCAAAAUCUCCGUCUUUUCCGGCCCCGCGGCCUGCUCCUGCAGCGUCGUCACCGGUAACCCAAUCGGCACCCUCAAAUUAUGCCUUAAUCUCACUAACGUCCGCUCGAGGACCUGCAUUUAUCACACCGGCUGGAUGAACCUUGGCGGCGCCGACGAGGGCGAGCCGGCAGCCAGGUUGCACCUCGCUGUCCGGUCCGAACCCGAUCCACGCUUCGUGUUUCAGUUCGGAGGCGAACCCGAGUGCAGCCCGGUUGUUUUCCAGAUUCAGGAGAAUAUAAGACAGCCGGUUUUCAGCUGCAAGUUCACCGCCGACCGGAGUCACAGGUCACGAGGAUGGGCGCAAACGUUUAGCGGCGGGAGAGAGAGGGGAGGAAGAAGAGAGAGAAAAGGGUGGAUGAUAACAGUGUACGAUCUCUCCGGCUCGGCGGUUGCCGCAGCAUCAAUGGUGACCCCAUUCGUGCCGUCACCGGGGUCGGACCGCGUGUGCCGUUCAAACCCGGGCGCGUGGCUAAUCCUCUGCCCCAACGGCGUCUCCAUCAGCAGCUGGAAGCCGUGGGGGCGGCUCGAGGCGUGGCGGGAGAGCGGCCCGGCAGACGGCCUGGGCUACAAGUUCGAGCUGAUGACCAGCUCCGGGCUAUCCACCGGAAUCCCCAUCGCCCAAGGAAGCUUGAGCGUUAGAAAAGGGGGGAGUUUCUGCAUUGAAAGCUUGAGAAAAGGGGCCAAUAUUCGAGGGUUCGUGAUGGGGUCGAGCGUCCAAGGAGAGGGGAAGACGAGCAAGCCGCUGGUGCAAGUUAGCGUGCACCACGUGGCGCGCGCCGCCCUCUUCGUUGCGCUAGCUGCUGCUGUGGACCUCAGCAUGGAUGCUUGCAGAUUGUUUUCCACCAAAUUGAGGAAGGAAUUCAGCCACGACCAUCAACAACUGUGAGGAACAUCUGCUCUGCCUCUCCUGCUAUGGAAAUAUUUUGGAGUUUUUAAGAGCAAGUCAAAUGGAGUCAUCGUCAAUUGGUCAAAAUUGAAUUAUACCGGCCACCUCCAUCAUUCUAGAAGAUACUCCCUCCGUCCCCCAAUUUGAGUCACUCUUUGACUCGGCACGAGUUUUAAGGAAAAGUUUGAAUGUGUGGUGUAAUAAAUGGAGUUAGGUAGUGAAAUGUGGGGCCCCUUUGACUUUUGGUGUAAUGAAGGGUAAUUUUGAUGUCCAAAAAUGGUAAGUGGGAAGAGUGACUCUUAUUGGG